CCUCCGAGGACACCGUAGUCUUGCAUGGCCUGCAGGGAUCAUGUUGAAGGUGACAGGUAGUGCCAUGCCGGGAGCCCUGCGUUUCUUGCCGGUCGUCGUCUUCGCUGACGCCGGUGAGGCGGAGAAGGAGGUCCCGGCCCCGCUGAACCGGGACGACCUGUCUCUCUACGCAACUCCUCCACAGACGUCCCGGUAUGCGGAGCCCGAAGCGGGUCAACUGGAGGAGAGUGUCGCCACCAUCAGGAAGCUGGUGGAGCCGUACGCCGCUUGGUGUCAAGACACCUACGGCAGGAUCAAACCCAGAGUCCAGAGAGUGGUCCGGUUCGGGAGCGACACUUAUGCCUACUUGAAGGACCCGCCGAAGGACUUCUACCCGCGGGCGGGGGUGAUCGGCUUCACCGGGGUGCUGGGACUGUUCCUGGCCAGAGGCUCCAGGGUGAAGCGGCUGCUCUACCCGGCGGGCCUGAUGACCCUGAGCGCCUCCCUGUACUACCCGGAGAAGGCGGCCAAUGUCGCCAAGUCCACCGGAGACUCUGUGUACGACUGGGCGGUGCAGAGCUACGCCGCCGUAGAGAAGAUGCUGAGCCCGCAGAGCAAAGCCGAGGAGGCGGAGAACAAACCGUGAAGGAGCAAUAAGAAAGCCAACAGCAGCUUUAAUCUGAUACUGUAGAUCGACCUGUGCUACCUGUGUGACCGCUUCAUGCCCACUCUUUGCACUAAGCUUCACAUGUAAACUCAGGCCGGGCAUGGCCUGUCACGAAGGAUGGGUGAUUGUAACUUCUGCUUCUGAUUUGAAUGUAUAUUUAUGUAGCGAUAAAUCAACGUGUCUUACAAUUAAAAUCAGGUUUUACCAGCAAAAA